AUGGCGACUCUAUGGACACUUGACGGACUUGGGGAUAGAAUAAAAAUUCAUAGCGAUUUCAUUGAUUCUGUCAUAAAUUUGAUCCCUCCUAAACAUUACUUUAAAAAUUAUCCUAACAUUUCAGAUGACGAAGACAAACAAUUUCAAUAUAACAAAAGAAAAAAGUUUUCUAAAAAAGUACUCAAUGAGCAAAGGAAAAUAAACAAAAAAUUAAAGUUUGAUCCCAAUAAUUUAAAGACCGUAACUGAUAUUCAGCUAGAGAAGCUAAGCAAAAAUAAGGAGAAAAAUAGAGAGGAAAGUGAAGAAUUAGGUGACGAUAAGUCAGUUGAGAAAAAUGAUGAGCUAAAGGCUAGCAAGGAGAAAGCCAACGAAUUGAGUGAGGAAAGUGACGAAUUAAAAUCCGAUAGUGAAGACGCGCAAUCACCAUCACAGAGAAUUAAAUCUGCAGAACAUGUUUCUAAUCCCUCAAUACAUUUAUCUAUUUCUGAACGUCUUGCGCGGUUACGCCUUGCAAAACAUACACCAGAUUCAAAUUCAAUCAAAAGUAAUCGCAAAGGAAAGAAUCGAAGCAAAAAUUCUCAGAAAAAGGAAAGGAAGGCAGAAAAACAAAAAAAAAUAAAAAUUAGUACAGAGAAUAAUUCGUUAGAGGUUAAGGAUGAUUUUACACAAGGUUUACCGGGAGGUAGUAAUAGUAUUCAUUAUGCCAAAUUUGAAUUUGACGAUAAUAAGAAAAAGAAAAAGUUAGAUAACGUACAAUUGAUGAAUAAAUUAAAAAAUAAAGCAGAAAAGUUCGAGAAACUGAAAAAAGAAGAUCCUGAUAAGGCUGCAAAGUUGCGCGAAAAUGAAGCAUGGUCUAAAGCUUUACAAAAAGCUCAAGGCAAAAAAAUUAAAGAUGAUCCUAAAUUGUUAAAGAAAACUAUAAAAAAGAUCAAUUUUAAAAAGAAAAGUAGUGAAAAGACAUGGAAAGAACGGAUUAAAGCGGUUGAUAAGGCUCAAGCUGAGCGGCAACAAAAAAGGACUGCUAACAUUCAGGCUCGUAUUGAUGCAAAGAAAAAUAAGAAACGCAAAAAAUCUUAA